UGGGGUGGGGUGGCGCCUCCGUUCCAAGGCCCCCAAACCGAGCGGCCGCCGCCGCCCUCCCUUUCGUCUCUGACUUUUUCUCCAAGCUCAUCUCCCUCCCUCCCUCCCCCGAUCUCGGGAGCGACCGAAGCAUGUCGUGGCGGUGGGCUCUCGCGCGCCGCGUCGCCGCGCUGGCCGCGACCAGCGGCGGCGGCGGCGGUGCGGCCCAGGCGCAGAGGCUCCUGCCCACCUCGUCGGCCGCCGCUAGCACUGGCCUCCUGGGGCGGCACCACAUGCCCCUCGCCUCUCAGAUUCGGAGCAAGGUGGUUGGUUGCAGAGGAGCUGCUCUCGUGAGCUCCAGAUGGUUGCAUGAUGCCCAAUACCAGGUUCGCCAGGAUGGGGCUUCAAGAGCUCAGGAACAGCAAGAUCCAUUUGAAUUGGUCGCCGAUGAGCUAUCACUUCUUGCAAAUAGGUUACGAUCAAUGGUGGCUGCUGAGGUCCCCAAACUGGCAUCAGCAGCCGAGUACUUUUUCAAGGUGGGAGCAGAGGGAAAAAGAUUCCGACCUACGGUAUUGUUGCUCAUGGCAUCAGCUCUGAAAUUCCCUUUGUCAGAAUCAACAGAAGGCGGAGUUCUCAGUAUAUUGGCAGAUAAACUCCGCACACGGCAACAGAACAUUGCAGAGAUAACUGAAAUGAUUCAUGUUGCAAGCCUUCUGCAUGAUGAUGUUCUUGAUGAUGCUGAUACUAGGCGUGGCGUCAGUUCAUUGAAUCUCAUCAUGGGGAACAAGCUUUCUGUGUUGGCUGGUGACUUCCUGCUGUCUAGAGCAUGUGUGGCACUUGCAGCACUCGGGAAUACAGAGGUGGUUUCUCUAAUGGCAACUGCUGUAGAACAUCUAGUUACUGGUGAAACUAUGCAGAUCUCUACAAGCAGAGAGCAACGACGAAGCAUGGAGUACUACCUGCAAAAGACAUACUACAAAACGGCAUCAUUGAUAUCAAAUAGUUGCAAGGCUGUUGCUAUUCUUGCAGGGCACACAGCUGAGGUCUCGGUGCUUGCAUACGAAUAUGGUCGAAACCUGGGUCUAGCCUUCCAGUUAAUUGAUGAUGUUCUUGAUUUCACCGGCACCUCUGCAUCCCUUGGGAAGGGUUCAUUGUCUGAUAUUCGCCAUGGAGUCAUUACUGCCCCCAUGCUGUAUGCGAUGGAGGAAUUCCCGCAACUACAAGAAGUUGUUGACCGGGGUUUUGAUAAUCCUGCAAACAUUGAAAUUGCCCUUGACUAUCUCAGGAAGAGCCGUGGGAUUGAAAGGACAAAGGAGCUCGCACGAGAACAUGCUGAUCGUGCAGUCAAGGCUAUAGAAUCCCUCCCAGACAGUGAUGACGAGGAUGUCCUGACUUCAAGGCGUGCUCUUAUUGAUAUCACAGAGAGAGUCAUCACAAGGACAAAAUAGCAAGGUGUUUGUCGUUCGCAAGGUGAAUGGAAAGCUGAACCUCGCCUCAAGGCCUAGUGUUCCACUUGGAAAAUUUUGUAUACUUUGGUUCAUUGCAUUCUUUUCACAGCCAAACCCCAAGUUUUGUGUAACAUUGCUGAAAUUUAGGAUUAAGAAAUGGCCCUGCAUUUCUGGGAGCUCUAGUGGUUUUGGCUGCAUGUGGCAACAAAAUAUAUAUGCCACUGACUGCAAUGAUCGCCAGAUAUUGUGUAGCCAUAUAUAAUUGUGGGAGCAUUGCACCCCAUAUACGAGAAGGAUUGUUGACUCCUGUCAAGACUCAAGAUAGUACCCAUAUAGUAUCUGUUAACCAUUCCCUCUUCAAUAAGAGCAUUUUGACA